ACGAGGCCACUGUGACCUUUGACACAUGGGUGAAGGUCAUAGUAAUCUUCACGAGCGGUAAAUUUCAAAUCACAACUUCCGGAAGAUACAGCACGUCUACUUGAUCUCAUCUCCGACCUACUUUCAUCGAGAUGACAUGAUUACUAUUUAACUCAUGGCUUACAACAAAUCAGACCGUUGUUCUACAUGCCUGGGGCAUUGCUCUGACUCUGUUACUGUUGGCCAUAACCCAAUCCUGUUGCCCUGUGGUCACCAAAGCUGUUCCAGGUGUCACCAAACGCAAUGGCUGACUUCGGAAAGAAACGACAGCGAGGAAAUUGACUGCAUCAAGUGCACCUUGGCAGCACUGAGUGAGCAGAGCAGUGAACGACACGACCUGCUGAUGAGUAACCAUACACUGUUCGGAUUGGCCAAUGUCGGAGCCGUAAUCAGAGGAGCCGCGGGAACACACACAAAGGUUGACAGUGCUGAUAGCACAAAUCCUCAGUUAGCCUGGAAGGACACUUGCACACCAGGAGCUUGCCCCCAGUACCACAGGCAGAUUUACAACCACCGAAACUGGUCUGGUCCCGCGGAUAUCCUCCAAACAAAGCAUGAGAUUGGAUGGAAUGGUACACAAUCUUGUCAGCCAUCCACGGACAUGACACUGGUGACCAGGGAACUAGAAUCGGACAAUGAGCUAAAAGACACGACGCUUAACAUUAAAGACAUGUCUUCAGUCUGUGGAGAAGUACUGAGGUUCACUCCGUUGGAUCCAAAAAAGAAACAUCAUAAAAAGUCCAAGAAAAAUAAAAAGGAAACAAAGCAGUUGUUAUCUCCUGAGAAGUCUUCAAAAGACACCACUGCGCAUGUAACAAACAAAACAGAAGCCCCGGAUCUCAUACAGCCUUCAGAUUCUAAACCCCGAAUACAAACAUACAAUGAAAAGACACAUACAAAUGUAUCCACAAAGGCGCACACAUCAACACAUGGUCAGGAUAGUACGUGUGGACAAAAUGUAAUGGAGGACCAUGCAACCAGUGAUAAUCACAACCAAUCAACAAGCAGAUCACACCAUCAUCACAAACGUUCACAUAAGAAAUCAAAGAAAAAAAAGAAAAACAAAGAGAAAAAAAGGACCAAGUCGAGGCAAGACACAUCACUUAAUGAAACGUCUAACCCUGAAUGCAAAACAAACAUAAAAGUAAAAGAGACGGAAUCAUCACCACAACUGGUUCACCUUAUUGCAUGCAAAGAGGAUCAUGGAAACACUGAGGAAGAUAAGUUAUAUAUUGCUGAAAAUAGUGAAGGGGAUAAGCUAUCCAAUCCUGGUAAAAACCAGGGGGAUAAAGUAUAUGCUGAUAGAAAAAUGGAGAGGGAUAAGUUGUCGAUUGCUGAAAAUGGCAAAGGGGAUAUAUUGUAUAGUUCAGGAAAAAGUGAGGUGGGUAAAUUCUCAAUUGCUGGGUAUAGUGAGAGCGAUAAGUUGUCUAUUGAUGGGGAUAUAGAGGGGGAUACACUGCCCGUUGCUGGAAAAGAUGGAAGUGAGUCGGAGGAAGUCACACUCCAUUGUUUAUCAUGUGUGUCGUUAGACGCAUGUGCCUCUUCCACCCGAUUCAGUUCACCUAUGUCGCUCGAUGACUAUCAGUUGAAAAAUCUAUUGGAGGACAAAGAUAUUCCGGAGCUGGAAGUUCAGAACUGGGAGGAUAAUGACAAAGAUAACACCGAACUGGAGGUUCAAAACUUGGGAGACCAUCACAAAAAGCGUAGCCCAGCCAGAGAUGGUCAUUCCCCAACUUUCCUUUGUAGCUCUUUCCCAACCCAAGACUUAAGGAAAUUCAAAGAGUUUCAUGAACGAAAUACUGGAAAGUCUGAGUUUUAUCAAGAAUCCACAUUAGAACCUGACAUCACUGUAAAUCCGUUAGCAGAGACUGAGCAAGAUAGAUCUGAAACAAGCAGUGACAGGCUGUCAUUGGACGGCAGUAUACUGGACAGGUCAGGGAUCCUGUACUAUGAUCCAAUUGAUGACAGUGACGAGGAUAGACUUGUGAUUAUUUCCAGGGUUACGUCAGAGGCUUCCUUAAUUGAGGAUCAAGCAGCCGUACUAGACUCAAACACCAAAGAAACUGUGUCUGGGAUUGAGUUCUUAUCGGCUUCAAAUUGUGACUCUCGGAUGGCUAUGGGUGCUGAAGAAAUUACGAUGCAACAGGUGGAUAAAGCACAUGGUGUUCUCACUGCUGCAAAAGACCAAGUGAAAGCAAUUCAUUCUGAUACGCAUGUGUCAUUGGCAGUCAAGAAAGAAGACCAAUCAUCUAUAACAUGUAAUAUUUCACAGGAAAGGGACUCUCAUCUUGUAACAACUGAAGUUGAUCAUGACCAAUUGCUGCAAUCGUACCUGCAGUACUUAAGUGAAAAAUCCAACAAUUUCAUCGAUACAGGCAAGGAAGAAGACAAAGAAUUACAGUUGCAAGAACAGAACUUGGUCAAAGGAUUUCAGGAAAGUUACACCACAAGUCUAAUCUGCAGCCAACUGGCAAAUACAGCUCUGAACAAAAUUAAAGAAACAAGGGACAGUCAAAAGGGGCCAUACCAACUGUCAGCAAAGAUGUUGACAGGUGUUCUCAAUAUUCUUGUGCAGCAGGCAAACCUGGCAUCAACAAUAUGUAGUGAACUAUUAUACAGUACAGAGAAAAAGCAGGCAGAACUCCUGGAAGUAUCAGAUGCGACAUCGACACCGGAUAACAUUGCAGAGGAUGUCACUAAAAAGGCAGGUGAUAACCAAAUCCGCGUAGGUGCAGAAACAUAUGCAACAAUUAACAUUGCUCUAGGGAAUAUAAGUGGUACUUCUGAUCUUGGUAACAAUUCUCAUAGUUUAAACGCAAGUAUAUCAAGUAGUAACGCAUAUACUGAAGAGGUCCUAGCAGAUGCCGUACAAUUCAGUAUCAAGCAGGAGCAGAUCUGUUCCGAAAGAUAUCAUCUUUCGUCGACAGUACCAUCCAGCAAACCAUCUUUAUUAAAAGAAACAUCAACAUGCAACGCAACGAAAGAUAGUAGUGGAUGGAAUAUGUCAACUGAUAUAAACGAUUCAUCUAAUCCUAAAUCAGUUAUCAUUUUGGAAAACGGAAACCAGGCAACCACCUACACAAAAAUUUCAAAAUCUACAGACAAGUCUGACAAAGACAAGUCUAGCGAAGAUUCUUUGUCAAAUAUUUUUUCCAAUUUGGACACUAAACAACAUGCUGUCAGAAGCGUAUCGCGAGCAUCCAUUAGAGAAGCUAAGGUUUGUAUUCAUAAGGCAAAUAGUGCCAAAACAAAAUAUGUCCAGCAAUAUCAAGAAUGUAGUCACAAGGACAGUGCUAAAAAAACGAAUCACAGCUCCACCCGCAGUUUUGUUCACAGCAAGAUGCUGGACAUUCCGUGCUAUAGACACAAGGGGAAAGGAAAGAAACAUACAGUCGAUGAAAAAGACGUAUCAAGGAGUGAUUUACCAACUGGUGGAAGAAAAGACGAGGUAAAGGUUAUGGUCUCAAGUAGCCAGUCAAAGUUAAGUGAUCUGACCUCAGUUCACAAAAUAACACCAAAUUUGUCGGAAGACGGUAUACGACAGGCCAGUCUUGGGACCCAGGUGACUGAAAGCGACAUAAAAACAGUAGGAUACAAACCCGACAGAAGCAAAGGGCAAACGCCAGAGAACUUUGAACAAAGAUCUGUAAAAAGCAACAAACAUAACACAACGGACAAAAACAGCACCCACUCGGGCAAGAACAUCGACAAGGACAGGGAGUCAAAUAAUCUUAACAACAACCAGCCAAAGCCGCCGAAUGGGAAGAGAAAUUUGUUUGAUUCGAUUCUUCUCGAGAUUGAAGAAGGAGUCGUAGAGUCACCUUGCAAGUAUAGAAAACUUCAGUUCGGAAAACUUCCACAAUCUCACGCUGAAGAUGGUAACCACCUGGACACUCCGGGCAGCUUUGGUAAAGUGUCAAUAGACACAGCCGGGACUAUUUCCCUUUCUAAACAAAAAUGCAGGAAUGAGGUAAAUACUAGGCAGGGGAGUGAGAUUAGACACAAAAGCAAGGAAACUCCUCAGUCACUCUCCAAUAAACUUGCAGGCAAUGCGUCAGCAGUAGUUCCAUCUCCAAAGGCAACUCCAGAAAUCAAACUGACAAGCAUAAAGUCUUCUACAAGAAGGGGGUCAUCAUCUUUACCAACUUCCCAUCGCGACUCUGAUAGCAAAGACAGAAGCAAAUCAGGAAGUAAGUAUCACUCUAGCUGUUGCAGUAGUCGUCACAGAGACUCAAGUAGCAAUCACAAGAACAGAGGCUCCGACAGGAAAGCAACACAAGGCCCAAGCGUUUCAGGGAAUGUGUACGUCGUCAUUCAUGGCAGUAAACGUGAUAUUUGUAUACAGACAGACCUUCAGAAUGUUCAUCAAACGCCCGGGAAAAGUAAAAGGAAACUUGACAUGAAUAAAGGAGACACAAUCUCACAACCCAGUAAAGCUACAGGGGAUGCAGUUCACAGUAUAAGGGAAGGUAUUAGUAAGGAAAAAGAACAAUACACGGUAAACAGGAUUAAAUCUAAAGAUAAAGAAAAAAUGAAAGAAAUAAACAAUGGUUUAGAAAGAGAAACUGUCUCAAAAAAUAAGACUGCUGAAGAUCAUGGGGAAAAUUCGUCAAAGCUACAAUGCCCAAAGGUAGAUAAACAGAGCGAGAGACAUUUUCCCAGAAGCUAUCACACUGGACCUCAGCGGGAAUUAGUAAAACAGCAAAGUGGCGACUCCGAGUCGAGCUGCAUCGUGCCCUGCGACGGUGUUACAGCACAAUCUUUGGUAUGGAAGUCUUGUGAUGAGGAACAUUCAUCAGACCUGAAGACAUUAGAUGUGAAUCAAGGCUGCAGCGAUCUUUUAAAACCAAUUCACCGGUGUAGCAAACCUACUAGCUCCAUGGUUCUAAAAGGUGUUGAAAACGAUGCUGGCUUCCUUACCCCACAAGAUGAGACCCGCACACGGCGAGACCAAACCAGGGAUGAAGAGAUAUUUGCGUGUCUUUCUUUCUCAGACAGCGACGAUGAUAUACCAUUGGCCCUCAUUCUAGAGAAUCUGAGGGCAGACAAGCGAAAAGACACCAAUACAGCGACUAGUGUAAAUGACUUGGAGGAUGAUCAGCUGCCAAAAAUGGCAGUUCCUUAUACAUCAAAACACACAAAACAUAGUCAACGACGUUCACGAUGUGACCGACCAGGUCUCAAAACCUACUUAGAGAUCCGCAACUCAAUGUCAGGAAAGUACCUGGAAACAGGUAUCUCACUGUCAGGUAAUUCCAUUGAAAAGCAUUCAUGUAGCGAGACUCCAGAUAUCACUUGGAGGAAUUCAUUGAUGCCUCCUCCACUAGAAGCUGUCAGGAGAUCGAAAUCACGCGAGAACGCCACAAUGUCAACAUCAACUGACAGUCGAGCUUUGUCAGCUCCAAGAACCACCCCAUCGGGAUCAGAAGCCACAUCAGGGAACCUGUCCUCGGACAGUACACACGCGUCUGACCCGAAACAGGGCCACCUCUCUGAUGUUGAGAGUUAUAAAGGGAAUAAAGCAGAGCAAGGAAGUUACAGCAGCAAAAAGAAGAAACGACAUCGGCGGAGGAAGAGUGAAAAGCCCGUGGUUAGUUCGUCUUCGGAAGAGUGUAUACCCAAAGGUAGGAGACGGGGAUUCCAGUGGAGGCAGGAGUGCCUGCGGAUACUGGACAGAGUGUACAACCAUCACUUCAGUGAACCCUUCCGCCAUGAGGUGAAGUCCAAGGAUAUACCCGACUACUACAAGAUCGUCAAAAGGGGAAUGUGUUUUGAUAUCAUUGGCUACAAGUUGCGAUGCAAUAUUUACGAAGAACUGAGGGAUUUCUUCCUUGAUGUUCGUCUUGUGUUUGAAAACUGUCGACUGUACUACAAGCCACAGUCUCCCAUCUAUCGGGCAGGUCUGGUAGUACGGUACUUCUUCCGCAAGAUAGCAAAGGAGGUCCUCAUGCCUCGCACAACCGCCAUGUCAAGGCAUCCUAGUUGAAGAAGCGAAAAACAUGGAACCAUUCUACUAGCCAAAUGAACCAGGCAGUGCUGGGCCUCAUCAACGUCAGGACCAACUUUUCCAUGCGUCUUUCAUUCUUUGAUCAAUUUAUUGAUAUAGAUCGGAUUCAUACAAAUGAUUAUGUAUAGGAAGACUGGUCAAGUACAUCAUUAAAGUUUCUUAAAUGACACACUCAGUAUGGUGUGAUUGUAACCAGAAAAAGAAAAUCACAUUAUGUAACGAUUGGUACUGGAUAAAUUUGUUAUUGACAAACUCAGUACUAAAUUAAGGUUGUUGCAGCCGUUACAGGCAAAGUACGAAAUAAUUGUGACCAAGGUCGGUAAUAAAUUAUUGUUACAA